AUGGCCACACAGCUCGCCUCCUGUGGGGUGGACAGCAGAGAAGGACUCUCUGGGGACCAGGGCCACGCCGGGGCAGAGAGGAAGGGCAAAGAGGGAGGCAGAGGAGGAGGAAAGGGCAAGCAGGAAGGGGGCUCCUGUUUGGGGGCCUCGGGUGGGGGUGGGGUAGAAGACCUGGGUCUCAAUUCGAAGCCCCCACCCCAGGGAGAAGAAGUGCUGAGUCACCCUGGUCCCCAAGCACGUGCCUGGGUCGGCCGGGGUCCCUCAGCCCGGCGCCCCUCAGAGCGCCUCUGGACCCCGCAGAGCCCCUCCGGACCCCGCAGAGCCCCUCCGGACCCCGCAGAGCCCCUCCGGACCCCUCAGAGCCCCUCCGGACCCCUCAGAGCCCCUCCGGGCCCCGCAGAGCCCCUCCGGACCCCGCAGAGCCCCUCCGGACCCCGCAGAGCCCCUCCGGACCCCUCAGAGCCCCUCCGGAUCCCGCAGAGCCCCUCCGGACCCCUCAGAGCCCCUCCGGACCCCUCAGAGCCCCUCCGGACCCCGCAGAGCGCCUCCGGACCCCGCAGAGCCCCUCCGGACCCCUCAGAGCCCCUCCGGACCCCUCAGAGCGCCUCCGGAUCCCUCAGAGCCCCUCCGGACCCCGCAGAGCCCCUCCGGACCCCUCAGAGCGACUCCGGACCCCGCAGAGCCCCUCCGGACCCCGCAGAGCCCCUCCGGACCCCGCAGAGCCCCUCGGACCCCGCAGGCCGGCGCCCCGCAGGCCCGCGUCUGCGCAGCCCGCCCGUGGGCCGCACCGCGCCCGCCCCUCCCCGGGAGGCCGGCGCCCACGGAGGCCCCCCGCCGUCCGCCCUGCAGACCCCGGGCCCCUUCAGCCACGAGCCCCGGGGCGCGGCAGCGCUGCCGGGCUGGGGACAGGGCGCCGCCCCUCCUGCCCCGAGUACCAGGCGGCCAGGUCCUCCGGCGGCCUCAGCCCGCGCUCUGCCCGAGGCCGCACAGACCGCGCGGCCCGGGCUCCCGCCACUGGCGCCCCCUGGCGCCCGCCGCCGCGGCUCCCACUCGGGCCACAGGGGGCGCCCUUCCCCGCGGGCCCAGGAGGCCUGGGAUUGGUGCAGACGCUGCCCGUUGCUGGCGCUGGCCCGGCUGUGA